AUGGCAGGAAUCGUAGACAAGUUGACUGCCUCUGGAGGCACCGAAUCUGCAGGAUUCCUCAACGACAUCAUUAAGCAGCUAUGGCCGAACAUCAACGUUGCUGGCUGCAGGAUGGUGAAGGAGAUUGUCGAGCCCAUGUUCGCUACGAUGCUUCCUGGCCCCCUCGCCAGUCUCAAGUUCGUCAAGUUGGACCUCGGAACCGUUCCCAUGCGGGUAUCAGAAGUGGACGUCCACAAGGUCGACAAUGGUGGUAUUAAGCUCGACAUGGAUGUCAUUUGGGAGGGAAAGAGUGACAUCGAGCUCGAUGGAAAGAUGGUUCCCAAGCUGGGCAUCGAACAUGUUCAUCUGAAAGGCAGACUCUCGAUCUUGCUUGCACCACUCACAAAUAUCAUACCCCUGAUUGGAGCCGCACAAGUUGCUUUCAUCAACCCGCCAGAGCUCAAGCUCGAUUUCACUAAUGCCGCGAACAUCGCAGACUGGGCUUUGGUUGACAAGGCCGUGCGCAAGGUCAUUCUUGACAUCAUCGCGUCCAUGGCUGUGCUCCCCAACCGUUACCUCGUGAAGCUCGACAGCAACAACGACUACUUCCGAACAUACCUGCCUCACCUGGGAGCCCUUCGCCUUACCAUUGAGAGAGCGAUUGGCAUCAGCGGCCCCAAGAAGAGUGGCGCCAAGAGGCUGUUGGCCAAGAUCGUCAAGGAUGUUCCCGACUGUUAUGCCAAGGUGAACGUCGGUGCCGAGGAGGAGUGGCGCACCUCCGUCAAGAAGAACGAUCACGACCCGGAGUGGAACGAGACUCACGACUUCCUCGUUGCAGACUACGACCAGCGCAUCUUUAUUGAUGUACAAGACGAUGACCUUGGCGGCGAUGAUGACAUCGGUAUCGCGACUACAACCGUCAAGGACAUUCUGCUGGAUGGAGGCUCCCAAGAGUUAGCCCUCACCCACAAGGACGAGCCUACCGACGCCAAGAUUGUCGUUCACGCCAAGUUCUACAACUUUGUCGACAACGCUGAAGUCAUCACAACCACUCAAAGCGAGAACGAGCAUCAAAUCGUCGGCCUCGCCACCGUGCUCAUCGCCAGCGCCCUCGGCUUGCAGGGCCAGCGCGACGAGCUGAACCCCAGCGUUAAGGUGACAUGGGGCGCAAAGGAAUUCCGCACCGCAGCUAAGACCUACACUCCGGGAACGGAUAUCUUCAACCCAUCUUUCGACCAGGCUUUCAGAAUCCCAGUGACCGCGGACUUGCUUGCCAACCCUGCCAACUUCAAGAUUUCUCUGCUCAACAAGGCUGAUGAGACUGGGGCCGUCGAGAUUCCUUUCCAGGAUGUUCUUCAGGCUCCUGGCUUGGUCAAGGAGGAGAGCUUCGAUGUUGGAUCUGGUGCAACUGUGAGAGCUAGCAUCUCUCUUCGCGGCUUGCAGGUGGCGCACUGA